AUGAAAGCACUGGAGGCCUACUGGACCGGCCUGGCCCUCAACAAGUCAGAGAACUCAGACAAAGGAGUGGAGAUUGCUUACCUAGGCACACUGGCCUCUCUAGAACUAACCUGUUUGUUGUCCCAGAGCACCUAUCCAAUCAAGACUUCCUGACGGCGGAAGAUAAGGAGGGGGUGUCCGACGCUGACCACUUCCCUCUGUGGUAGAAGAGAGCAGCGGAGCAGGUUCUCUAUCCCCUUUGGAGGAGUGUGGUUUUGGCCAGCACCGGCAUAUAGCUGCUGGAUGACAGGAAGUCGCCUAGUGUUGCUUCCGUUGGGAUUCAGAUGAAGCUGGAUUUCUUUCAGAGGAAGUUCUGGACCGCUAGCAGACAGUGUGCUGCUCCGGGUGGGAAGUGCACCAUCAGCUGUGAUAAUGAGGACAUCAAGUGUUACCUUAUAGACAACGACGGAUUUAUUCUGGUCACUGAGGACUACUCUCAGACGGGGCUGUUCUUUGGAUAG